AUGGCGACGCCCGACAUCAACGCCAUUCUGGCGGCGCUUGCUGCCCGCCCUGCGACUACAACUCCCUCACAGACGCCGCAGCAAGCCGCGCCGCCGCAGAUGCCGCCUCUACAAGGCCUGCCUCCAGGCUUUCCCGGAGCGCUGUCAACUGCAACGCCGCCCACUAACUACGGCUUUCCCCCUCCGACGAACCAAGGACAAAUUGACUUGAGUGCCAUCAAACCUAGUAGCUCGGGUUCUGUCAGCAUACAGGACGCGCUCGCAAAGGCGCGUGGGUUUGCGGCGCAAAAGGGCCUGAGCUACGAACCGCGUCCAGGUAGCUUCGACAUGCAUCACUCUGCAGCGCCUCCAUCGACUUACGCAGCAGCAGCUCAUCAAGAUGAUCCUCGUUUGCGCGGUCGUGACUUCCGAGACCGGUCCCGCUCACGGUCGCCGCAGCGUGAUAACAUGCGUGAUAGUUACAAUCCGUACCGAGAGGAGCGACGGGGUCAUGGUUAUCGUGAGCGCUCUCGCUCCCCCCCUAGACGCAAUCAAUUCUCUCCUCAACCCCGCGGAUAUGGCGGUCGUGAUCGCACUCCACCUCAGAAUGACAAUUCCGAAGUGAUUCUCAUUGAUUCGUCUUUGGUUGGUCUUGUGAUCGGACGCCAGGGCGAAAGCCUGCGUCGCAUCGAACAGGAGUCAGGUACUAGGAUCCAGUUCAUCAAUGGCCCCAACACCGGGCCCACUCGUGAGUGUCGCAUUACUGGCGGUCCAGGUGCCCGUAUCACCGCGAAGCGCGAGAUCAAUCGCAUCAUUGAAGAAAAUGGUGGUAAUCCUGCCCGUGAAACCGGCCGUAAUGCGCGCGCCGGCGUUGCCGUGAAAGCUGCUUCAGAUCAGCCUGCUCUGCGCGAUGGCGAGGAGCAAUCCCAGAUCAUGGUUCCUGAUCGUACUGUCGGUUUGAUCAUUGGUCGUGGAGGUGAGACUAUCCGUGACCUCCAAGAACGAAGUGGCUGCCAUGUCAACAUUGUCGGUGAAAACAAGAGCGUGAACGGACUGCGCCCUGUGAACCUCAUCGGUAGUGCCACCGCUGCCGCCAAAGCAAGAGAGCUCAUCAUGGAGAUUGUCGACAGUGACACCCGGGGUAAUGACGGACCCCCUGCACAGCAACAUCCGCAGCCCAAUAGGCGUGACAACUUCGACCCGUACAGUGGUGGCGCCGGGAAGAUAAAUGAUAGCGUCACUGUCCCUUCAGACGCAGUUGGCAUGAUCAUUGGCAAAGGUGGUGAGACUAUCAAGGACAUGCAAGCCACUACAGGAUGCAAGAUCAACGUCUCACAAGCCAGCGGUGCCGAUAUCGAGCGUGAGAUAGGACUCGUCGGUACUCGUCAAGCCAUCGAAGACGCAAAGCGCGCCAUCUGGGAGAAGGUGGAUCAAGUCAAAGAGAAGAAUGCCGGUAGACGUGGUGGUGGUGGCGGCGGCGGCGGUGGCGGCCGUGACAAUGGCAGCUAUAAUGACUACUCACACCAGCAGCAAUCCUAUGGACAGCCCGCCAGUCAAUCAAGUGCACCUCAACAAGCAGCCCAAGGCGAUGGUGCAGCUGUUGACCCAUAUGCCGCAUAUGGUGGUUAUCAAAACUACCUGAACCUGUGGUACUCGUCAUUAGGUUACCAAGCGCAACAGCCCGGUCAAGCGCCUCCCGGUGCCUAG